CAACAAUGUGGGUUGGCUGCUGUACAUUCGUAGUCUGCACUGUGCGCUGCACUUGAGGUUGGACCGCCAGCGUCUGCAAUUGCAACAAAGUAUAUUUUGCAACAAAGAGGACGAUGGCAACAUCCGUGAAAUUGAACAGCGGUGCAGACAUGCCCAUUCUCGGUCUCGGGACGUGGAAGGUUUGUUCUAAAUUUAGCAAGUAAUCCCCUUUACUUGUAGUUUGUCAAGAAAGCUAGCUAGCUAUGCUACUAGCUAGCUAGCUCCAACUUUUUGAGUUCUUGGUCUUUGAGCUAGUUAGCUACUUUGGAAAUUACAUAAUAGUAUGCAUUCAUGACAAAUGAAUACGUAGCUUUCUCUCUUCCGUUAUUAAUGUAAUUAUAAUAUAUUGUCAAGUACUUUUCUCUCUAUAUACAUUUGAAUCCACAAGGGAGGGACCGUACAUUUGCAGGCUACUGAAUAUUUUUUUUCCCUUUCUUUUUAUUAUUGGACCAUCCACCAUCCCCACUUCGAAGGACAAAAAUAACUUUGUUUUUACAGCUUUUUCUUUUUUGUUACAUGUACAUUUUACAUACAUUGCACUUUUUUUUACACAGUAGUUACAUAGCAAAAUAUAGUUAUUUGACACAUUACAUCUGGAUACAUAGUACUUUUUCUUUAUUUUUACUAUUUUCUACAUUGUAGAAUAAUAGUGAAGACAUCAAACCUAUGAAAUAACACAUGGAAUCAUGUAGUAACUAAAAAAGUGCUAAACAAUUCAAAAUAGAUUUUAUAUUUGAGAUUCUUCAAAUAGCCACCCUUUGCCUUGAUGACAGCUUUGCACACUCUUGGCAUUCUCUCAACCAGCUUCACCUGGAAUGCUUUUCCAACAGUCUUGAAGGAGUUCCCACAUAUGCUGAGCACUUGUUGGCUGCUUUUCCUUCACUCUGCCGUCCGACUCAUCCCAAACCAUCUCAAUUGGGUUGAGGUCGGGGGAUUGUCGAGGCCAGGUCAUCUGAUGCAACACUCCAUCACGCUCCUUCUUGGUAAAAUAUCCCUUACACAGCCUGGAGGUGUGUUGGGUCAUUAUCCUGUUGAAAAACAAAUGAUAGUCCCACAUAGCCCAAACCAGAUGGGAUGGCUUAUCGCUGCCGAAUUUCUUGCGGAUCUAUUUGGACAGUGCACAUUCGGAUCAAAAUUAUUGUUAAUUAAUAUCAUCACCCCUUUUGAGUUUAUUUGCCCAUGACAGAAAUAUUUCUUCCUCCCUGUCCUUUUUCCACACAACCUCAUCUGUAGUUGUAGAAUGAGUUUCCUGUAAACAAUAGCUAUUAUAUUCCUCUUUUAGCCAGGUAAAGACUGAUGUUUUUUUUUAAAAAUCUGCUAAGCCAUUACAAUUACAGCUAGCUAUACUUAUUUCACCACUUACCAUAAUGAGAUACCAAUUUCAAUUAUACUUACCAUAAUAUGUGCCUGUAAACUUACUACCAAAAACUACCAUGAUGAUCAAGCUGCUUGACACCCUGAAUUUAUCCAUACUUACUAAUACUACCAGAAUCAAUGCCAUAAUACAUGCACUGCUAAACAUACUGUAGCUGCAACUGACUCUAAGUAGACCUCCAAUUGUCUUUCCAAUAUCCCUCCUGGGAAAGCCUCCCCCAUCCCAGAAGGGUCUGUUGUCCCUGAUACUAUCAUACCACCCCUGUACCGAUUGGCUACUGAAGAUCUUAAUAAUGUUGUAGUUGAAUCAUUCUGUUUCCCUCUCCCUCCUCUGUACCAGUCCCCUCCAGGUAAAGUAACUGAUGCGGUGAAAGCGGCCAUAGCUGCAGGCUACAGGCACAUCGAUGGGGCCUUCAUCUACCAGAACGAGACAGAGGUGGGAGAGGGCAUUCAUGCCAUGGUCAAGGAGGGGGUGGUGAAGAGAGAGGAGCUGUUCGUGGUCAGUAAGGUGAGAUACAAUGUCACUGUCUGCAGGACAGUUUUCUGUGGUCUCAAGUUUGUACCACUGACAUUGCAGUGAGAAGUUGAACCACUCUUUAAUAUGCUUCUUAAAAUAAACAACUUGAUAUCAAGGCUGUAUGAUUGAAAUGAUCAAAUCUUGGCUAGUGAAUUUGGGGUUUAGAUUGAAUUGAGGAAAUUGGGUGGUAGUUACGCAAGUCAAGCUUGUUCUCGUUUCAGCUGUGGUGCACAUUCCAUGGGAAGUCUAUGGUGAAAGAAGGCUGUCUGAAGACUCUAAGUGAUCUCAAACUAGACUACCUGGAUCUUUAUCUGAUACACUGGCCCAUGGGCUUUCAGGUGAGACUAAUACCAUUUUAACACUAUCUCACUUGUAGCUUUUUUUGCUCAAGUAGGCUCCAUCAUUGGUUUAUGGCAGGGGUAUUCAAAUCCAAGCCUGGAGGUAUGGCGUGCUGCUGGUUUUCUGUUCAACCUGAUAAUGUCCCAGGACUAAAUCAGUCCCUGAUAAGAGAGGAAGAAUGAAAAUCAGCAGUAGAACUGGCUUCAAGGUCCAGGUUUGAAUACCCCAGGUUAAUGGUGUUGUAAGAGGAGUGUCUAAUGACUUUUAUAAUUGUUGAACUACUAUUGUUGUUGCACAGCCUGGAGAAGCCCUCUUCCCUACGGACAGCAAUGGAAAUAAUAUCGAUGAUGGGUCCAAAUUCCUGGAGACAUGGGAGGUGAGUCAGUGAGAGAGGACGCGUCCUCUAAGACACUAUAGGACACUGUACAGUUCUCUUCAAUUCAACAUCACUUAAACUGGGUUAUAUUCAUUAGACAGCAAACGGACUGAAACAGGGACUACCUGGUCCAAUAAGAGCCGCUCAUUUUAGUUUUCUGUUGUGUGCCCUAAUUAAUACAACCCUGAGUUUAUUGUAAUCUAUCACACUUUGGUUAUGCUGUAUUGACUUGUCUGAUCUGAUGUUGUCCUGUAUACUAGGGUAUGGAGGAGCUGGUGGAUGCUGGUCUGGUCAAGGCUAUCGGUGUCUCCAACUUUAACAAAGACCAGAUUGAAUCCAUCCUGAACAAGCCAGGCCUCAAGUAUAAACCUGCCAACAACCAGGUACUUACUUUCCUUCAUUACUGAAUGAGAGUUUACUAAUACUGAUAGUCACUGAAAAAGCUCACAAGCCUGGGAUCAACACAAUACAUUGUGAAUCACACAAUGCUGAUCCUAUAUUCUUAUGUGAUGUUAAUUGUAUCUAUCAACCUUCUUCUAAAUGAGACUUUUCAGGACACUGAGCACCCAACGCUUGUUUUAAACAUUGUCAAUAUCCCUGCCCCAUUGUCUUAUUCACAGUGACAGCUUGGUUAGAUAAAGGCCAGUUUAGUGUCUUAUAGUCAGCCUCUUUCCCUGAGGCAAGGCAGCAAUGCUUUGGUGACCUUACAUUCCUGCUGUUUUCCAGGCACAUCUAUCCCAAUAGACAUCCUGAUUAACGGGACAUAUCAAUCUGAUUAUCUUGUGCUUUCUAUUGUCACCAUACUGAACAGCCUCCCAGGCCUCCCGAAUAAACUGCAUAACUUUAUGGGGCUUAUUUAACAGUAAUACACAAUGGGUCUUAAUUAAAUUUGAUUUGUAAUCCACCAUAUAAUACAAUUCUGUAUGUUUAGCAACAUAAAAUACCACUUCACUUAUACUACAGUACAUCCCAUGUGUUGUAAUAAGAACUGUAUGUGAAGUGAAUAACCUCACAAAUGAUUUCUACUGACAGGUUGAAUGCCACCCGUAUCUGAACCAGGAGAAGUUGGUCAACUACUGUCACUCUAAGGGCAUCUCUGUGACAGCCUACAGCCCCCUGGGGUCCCCAGACAGACCAUGGUGAGUACAUACUUUAACUAAUAAUACCUAAAUGAUAUACACUGAGUAUACAAAACAUUAAGAACACCUGCUCUUUCCAUGACAGACUGACCAGGUGAAUCCAGGUGAAAGCUAUGAUCCCUUAUUGAUGUCACUUGUUAAAUCCAAUAUUGCGACUCAUUAUUAGGAAGGUGUUCCUAAUGUUUGGUAUACUCAGUGAACAUUCACCUUGUACAUGAAUGAUGAACAUACACAGCCAUUUGCAGUUCUCCCUGUGAAAAGAUUGUAACACUGUGUGUCAAUAACAGGGCCAAACCAGAGGACCCUUCUCUGCUGGAGGAUCCCAACAUCAAGGCCAUCGCUGAGAAGCACAAGAAGACCUCUGCCCAGGUACAGUACUCCAAUACCCUUUUCACAUUAUAGAGCCAACCCGAACCAUACUGAUAUUUUCUUUAACCUGUGAUCACAUUUACAUGUCCGCUUUUCUCUCUCCGUCAUCCUCACUUCAGGUCCUGAUCCGCUUCCAUAUCCAACGGAACACGAUUGUGAUUCCCAAGUCUAUCACCCCCACACGUAUCCAGGAGAAUUUCAAGGUAUUAUCCCGCAGAAAUGUGAUGUGUGUCAUCUGUUUUAGUUCACACGUGGCUUUGGGGUAAUUGUGUCUUUUUGAACCAUGCAGGUGUUUGACUUUGUGUUGAGCGACGAGGAAAUGAAGACCAUUCUGGGCUUCAACAGGGACUGGAGAGUCUGCCCAAUGACAGGGUGAGACUACGUGGUUUAUUUUGACCCAUGUAUUUUACUGUAUACUCACUCUCUGCAGAGGCUCAAACUGUCUAAACAAGUAUUAUGAAGUUCCCCCAAAUUUCAGUCAAAUCAUCAUUUUAUUGUGAUGAUGACAGCUAUGUUUAUUAUAGUGUUACUUUUCUUUGAAUGCAAAUAUACUAAGUGUUUAUUUGAUUUCUGAACAUGGGAACAACUGUUCGUUUUGUUUUUCCUUUGUCACCCAGGAGCAUGAAGCACAAGGACUACCCCUUCAAUGCUGAAUUUUAAGGAAACAGUGGAUUCACAAAGUUACAUCUGGUGCUGUGGCUCACUUGAUGUCUGCUCUCUCUCUGUUCUUGUUUAGAUUCAUUCUUAUUUCUCCCUUUAAGACAAUGUGCAUAAAUAGCCGUCCUUGAGCUAGUUUCUAGCGAUUACAGACUGUGAUUUAGUAUCUGUGUGUUGCACAAUGCAGUUGCAGUAUUGUAUUUCUCAUGAGAUAUACACUCUGACCUAUAUUAUUGCUUUCUACCAUAGCUGAAUACACAAUGGUCAUUAUUUUUCAACAAUCAUGGAAACAUCAUUUGACAUAGGAUCGAUAUUAGUGAAGUGUAAAAACAAAGCUUGUGAGUUUGGUUACUAGUUUGGUAGGAAAUCUGGAGCCUUGGAUUUGCUAACGCACAAAGUGUGUGGCUUCUCACAUGACUCAGUUUGUUUGUGUCUCUUUGGAUUUGAGUCUCUAAUGGUCUCUCACAAGCGUUUAUCAAUGAGCCUCCACAUUUACAGGCCAUAUAAUAACCAUAUGACUUUAAAUAAUCAAUGUUAACCAUAAGAAUUCAUAGUUCCACCAUAGGAGUUGGGUAUGUCAUACCUGGUCUUAAUGUAGUAAUGAUGUACAGUAUUACAUAUCAUCUGUGAGAUAUUUCAUUUAAAUCCAUCUGGUUUUGUUUCAGGGAUAAAAACAGCCACAGUGGAAAGUUGGCGUGAAAUGUAGACAUAGCUUAUCCUAAUAGUACAUUGACCUAUGUACAUGAAGAUAUUUUGUUGAACACUCCUUCCCUCAAAUGCCUAGUCAUAUGAGCCCUUUUGCCUAGAAUGAGUCAUCCACACUCCUUCCCUUACAGGAUGAUAAAGCACUUCUACUCAUUGACUUUGACUUGUGUGGUGAUACUGUUGUGAAAUUCCCAUUUCCCUUUAUUUUUUAAUAUAAAGCUUUCUUUGCUUCAGUCAUUUUGUGUGCUUAUAUAAUAUUAUACAUGCAGAUAAGGAAAUAUUGAUAUAUCAAGGUAGUCAGUUAGAAGUUUAUAUUUCAGGAUUAGAAUCUUGUUUCAAAAUAUGUAGAAAUACAUAACAUCUUAGUGCAGAACAUCAAGAAAUUCUGGAAUGAGUCACAUUUUACUGUGUAAGUUGUCAAUGUUAACAUUGUUUGAGAUAUCGCUAAAGAGCACUGUAAUGAAUUAUAAUUUCAUAGAACGAGGAGCACAGGGACACCAUGCUUUCAAAGGCACUUUCCAACUAUGCAACAUGCAUAAACAUGUUUAAACUCUGAACAAGUAAAGGCAACACUAUUUGGCACUUAUUACAUUACACA